AUGGCAUCGUCUAUUAGUGGGCCCGUACCGUUGCCUCAAUCGAGGUAUGACUUAAGUAGCUACUGGGGCCGUGUUAAGCACUGUGCCCAAAUUUCGGAUCCCACAAUGCUUCUCAACACCCCAAAGGACAUUGAGAAUUCGAAAAGGCAAAUUUGGGACUACAAGAAUGGAGUCGUGCCUUCAAUGACUCCGGAGUUGUGGAGAGCAAAAAAAGUGUUGGAUUCUACAUUACACCCGGAUACUGGUGAAACUGUUUUCUUACCUUUCAGAAUGUCUUCUUGCGUGCUAUCAAACUUAGUGGUUACUGCCGGGAUGCUUACACCCAAUUUAGGAACCGUGGGGACCUUAUUUUGGCAAAUUGCCAACCAGAGUUUGAACGUGGCAAUCAAUACCGCAAAUUCCAACAAGUCUCAUCCACUCACCACAAAACAAAUUGUCACAAACUAUACAAUGGCUGUCACUGCCUCGUGUGGUGUAGCUCUUGGUUUAAAUUCACUUGUACCCAGGUUGAAAAACAUCAAGCCAAAUACCAGAAUGAUUUUGGGAAGAUUAGUACCGUUCGCUGCUGUAGUUUCUGCUGGUAUUGCCAACGUUUUUUUGAUGAGGAGCGAAGAGUUGAAGAAAGGAAUAUCCGUGUAUGAUAAAAAGGGUAACGAGGUGGGCAAUUCCAAAACUGCUGCAUGGUAUGCUGUUGGUGAGACUGCGGCUAGUAGGGUUAUAAAUGCAACACCAAUAAUGGUUAUUCCCCCUUUAAUCCUAGUCAGAUUACAAAAAUCAAGACUUCUCAAGGGCAAAUCGAAAACAGUUGAAACCUUGACAAAUAUUGGACUCAUCUUUGUCACAUCAUUAAUUGUUUUACCAUUUGCGUUAGCUGUGUUUCCACAGCGUGAGACGAUUUCCACGUCAAAAUUGGAAGACAAAUUUCACCACUUGACUACUAAAGAUGGCGAUAAGAUUACUGAGGUAGAGUUUAAUCGUGGGAUUUAG